AUGUCCAUGCUCAUCCAAAUUCUGACAUGGUUGAUGCAGCCAAAGGUGUGGAGAUUUGUGUGUUUUACUUCAUCGGUUGUUGGGUUGCUCUGUUACGCACUGAGCUCUUUCAACCAUUUAUUCGGGAAAUGGACUUGCUGGAAGAUAUUUCUUUACACCGUUUUCAGUUUCAUCAUUUGCAUCUCAAUCUUGUUCGCCAAGUCAUGGCAACGCUCUGCUACUCUCCGGCUGAAAGCUCACAUGGCGUUUUUGGUUUUGAUCAUCACUUCUGUGUACUCUUUUUUCUUCGACAAAGUCCUACAAGGAAAACCAGAUGCAUGUAGCCUCAUUUCAUGCGCAGCAUUCGCUAUCAUGUCACUCACUUUGUCAAGACAGACUCACUGCGGAUUCGAGAUUGAUCUUCUAUAUUUUUUCAGCGGAGGGCUAAUCUUGCAACUCACGAAGAUUAAAUUAUGGUUUAUCAUUGUUGGCGCCAGUUUCAGUUAUUCCCUCAUAAUUCUUCGUUCUUUUUUGGAUACUACUCCUGAAAUUGGGCAUCAUCAACUCCGUAUCCAAGAUGAAGUAGUCAUUCAUGUAGAUGAUAGCGGUGGAGCCAUUCAUCGAGUGGAUUCAGCCCAAGCAAAUACUAGUAGUACUCAGAAAAGUAAUCUUAUCGUGCCACAUGAAGUCAAUAGGGAUCUAGGAUUCCAACAACCGUUUGCAUCACAUUCCCAAUUAAACAACAGUGAGGGUGAUAUUAUGAGGUCACAGCUAGUGGCUUGUUUAAAGGUGGUUAAGAAGCAGAAUCAAAAGGGUAUCCCCAUGAUUUCCAAGCGUGUCAAGGAGUACUUGAAAGCCAAUGUUGACGAGAACCAGAUUGGGAUUUCACCGCGUCCCAAUCUGAAAUUGAAGAGUCUGUUAACACUUGGGUUCCAAUUGCAAGAGCUCAACAUUGAGAAUUGGAUCAAAGCGUCAAAAGUAGCUUUUAGGAUACUCAUUCCCAUUGAAAAGAGACUCUGCCACUGCGUCUUCUUCCGUCUCUCUUCCGCUGCAGAUAUCUCUUUCACACAGGUUUCCAAGGAAUUCACUAUUCGUUUACUCAGUUUCGCAGAUACCUUUGCCACAUGCUGCAUGGUACCCAAAUUGUUCAACACAUUGAGUUGCCUCAUUCCAGACUUUGAAUCUUUGUUUUCUGGUCAAUACAGUGUGUCACUAAAAAAUGAAGCACUCAUGGUUUGGAAGAGACUGAGUGUAGCAAACAGGGCUAUUUUUGUGGAAUUGGAGAAUUUUAUUUGCCGUGAAAUGCUGCAAACCGUUGUUCUUGAAGGUGGUCUUCAUCCGGUUACCUAUGAAGUCAUGAAUUGCCUUAGGGAUGUUUGUGAAUCUAAGGAUAUUGCCUAUAAGCAGAGUUUUCAAGAACAAUCCACCGAUUUUGAUAAAGAGGAAAAGUCUUCUUUGGUUUGUUUUCAGUUGGCUUGGAUAAUAGAGCUCUUAGAGAGUAAUUUGGAAGCCAAGUCCAAAGAGUACAGGGAUCCUGCUUUGGGCUGCGUUUUCAUGAUGAACAAUCUUAGGUACAUAGGAGUCAAAGCAAAAGAGGGGAAAAUGAGAACCGUUUUGGACAAAGAUUGGUUACCAAAAAACAUGGCAAAAAUCCAAAAAAAUGUCGAUCUCUAUCAAAGAAGCUCAUGGAAUAGGGUGCUAGACAUUUUGAAAUUGGACGACAAUGAAUCGGGGGCACUUAAUGAGAUAGAAGAGUCAAUGAAAGAGAAGCUCAAAUUGUUCAACUUGCAUUUUGAAGAGAUAUGUAAUGUGCAGUCUACAUGGUGGGUCUUUGAUAAUCAGCUAAGGGAACAGACAAUACUAUCUCUGGAGAACAUCUUGUUGCCAGCAUAUGGAAACUUCAUUGGGAGAUUUCAAGAUUUUCUUGGUAAGCAUGCUUAUGACUAUAUUCAGUAUGGACUGUUGGACAUUCAAGAUCAACUCAACCAUUUGUUUCUUGUAAAUGAGACACUGAAUCCGUUGCUGAAAGAGAACUAA